AUGGGUCUAUGUGGUCUUCGUGCACUAUUCUCUGUUGUAGGGUUUGGUGGCCCUAAGAUUUUGGCAAACGAGGGGGACUGUCACGUAAGGGUCCCUCGUUCUCUGGUGGUUUGGUGGUUUGGUGGUUUGAUGGUGAUGGUUGCGAUAGAGCAGGCAUCGCGAGGUGCUGUUGGUGCAAGUUGGGGGUUUCCAGGUGGUUGGCGUCUAGAUUGUUCUGCACUCUAUGUUCCUCUCUCGAUGGAUUCUUUUAUGUCGAGGCUCUGGGAUUUGAGUUGUUUUCAAGAAUCUACUGUUUUUUAG